GGAGCUCGCAGGGGUCGGACGUCGUGCGCUCUCACAGCAUGGCCGUGCUGCUGCUGCUGCUGCUGCUCGCGGUCGCCGCCGACGCGGGACGCGCGAAGCCUCGGAACGACGACUUCUCCCUGUGGAUCGACGAGAAACAAGUGCGGGAGUUCAGCGGGUUCCCUAUGGAGAUCUUCGCCAUCCUGGACGGCGUGGUGCUUCCGUACAUCCUUGACCCAAACUUCGAGAAGUACCUGCCCGUGAUCCCCUCGGGAGUGCACUCGGUCAACUUCACCUGGAAGGCCGGUGAGAACAAGCACUACUACUAUGACUUCGACAUCUUGGAGUCCUUGGACGGGUCGAUUCUGAAGGACCCUGUGAUAUCUAUUGAGACCAAAGGAAAAGUACCGCGCAAGGCAAAAGUGUUCCAAGUCUUCCUGCCGUGCUGGGGAAACGUCACCGGAACGGCUUCCUUCGGGAUCGGACUUCGCAUUGCGAACGAGAAGGGGCGCUACCUGAGCGGCACGCCACUUCGGCUGCGUCUGCAGAAGCAGUGCGCCGACAACCGUCCAGACCCUGAAUGUGACCGCAAAUGCGCCAACGGGGGUCGCUGCAACGCUGAGAAGAUCUGCGAGUGUCCGAAGCGAUACAUGGGCCGCUACUGCAGGACAGCGCUGUGCUAUCCACAGUGCAUGAACGGAGGAACCUGCGUGGCCCCAGGAGUGUGCGACUGCGCCGUCGGAUACCAGGGACCACACUGCGAAGGAGGCAUCUGUGCAGAAAAGUGCCUGAACGGGGGAAAGUGCAUCCAGAAGGAUACCUGCUCCUGCCGGCGUGGGUACUAUGGUCCCCGUUGUGAAUACAGCAAGUGCUCUAUCCCGUGCCUCAACGGCGGCCGCUGUGUUGGCGUCAACCAGUGUAGGUGCACGAGGAGCUUUGUCGGCCCACAGUGUGCCCACCGCAUCGACGGCACUGCAGCUGUGCAAAGGGAGCACUGCCAGCGGCGCUGUGUGCAUGGCGUCUGCAUCCGGCACAACCGGUGUCUCUGCGACGAAGGAUUCUUUGGCCGCAGGUGCGCCAGGCGUAGGUAUACCUAGGAGAAAAGAACGUCGGAAGAAGCAAUUUGUCUGAAACCUGCUCAUUUUGAAGACACGGAUAUCAACACUCGUGCGCAUUGCAAGUUCCAAGGACGAUCAGCUUGACAACACUGCCGUGCCAAACAACAGAGUCACACGUGGGGCCAACCGAGGAACCAUCUCAAGAAGCCAGUUGAUGCAGGCAUUGUGUAGAUAUGUGCUGCACUCGUCUUACGUGCACUGAUUUUUAUAUCGAUGCACAGGAACCACCACACAGUGCACACCACAGAAAUGACAGGGUGGUUUUGUAGUGGCUUCCGGCCAGACAAGCAGCCAAGGUGAUGCACAAUAGUGACGUGCUCCAGAGCAACAUGUGCCAAGCAACUUUGCUGUGAUCCUUCUGCGGGCGAGGACCGAGGACUUGGUGCGACCAGAGUGGGAGGCCACCCGACUUGCCCCAUCUAGUCCUGCUUGAAGCAGUGGUACCAGCAAUGUGCGUGUGUCCACUGCUCAACUCUGAUAACUAUUUAUCACAAACAAGCUUCGAGAAGGCAACGCACAGGGCGGCUCACUCAGUCCUCUAUUAACUGUUUUUAACGUCCUACAAGUAAAACCCAGUCUACGAAACUGAACUGUGAACACCGUGGAAAAAUUUAAUUGGCCAACCGAGCAAAAAUAAAAUUGUUAUCCCUUCAA